CCUUGUUCCCCCGAUUGACGGGAGCCUAGCCUGCGGAUACUCACCUCCUCCUUGUCUCCUACAAGCACGCGGCCAUGUCCGAGUCUGAGUUGCAACUGGUGGCGCGGCGCAUCCGCAGCUUCCCCGACUUCCCCAUCCCGGGCGUGCUGUUCAGGGAUAUCUCGCCCCUCUUGAAAGACCCGGACUCCUUCCGAGCUUCCAUCCGCCUCCUGGCCAGUCACCUGAAGUCCACGCACAGCGGCAAGAUCGACUACAUCGCAGGUCUAGACUCCAGGGGCUUCCUUUUUGUCCCUUCCCUAGCUCAAGAGCUUGGCAUGGGCUGUGUCCUCAUCUGGAAGCAUGGGAAACUGCGGAGCCCCACUGUGUCAGCCUCCUAUGCUCUGGAGUAUGGGAAGGCUGAGCUGGAAAUCCAGAAAGAUGCCUUAGAACCCGGGCAGAGAGUGGUCAUUGUGGAUGACCUCCUGGCCACUGGAGGAACCAUGUUUGCAGCCUGUGAUCUGCUGCACCAGCUACGGGCUGAGGUGGUGGAGUGUGUGAGCCUGGUGGAGCUGACCUCGCUGAAGGGCAGGGAGAGGCUAGGACCUAUACCAUUCUUUUCUCUCCUCCAGUAUGACUGAGCUGGCUAGAUGGUCGCACCCCUGCUCACAGCAGCACCAGUAACUGCACGGUGGCUCAGCCCCGGGCACCUAAGUGACCUUUGUGAGCUAACUGCUGCCCUUUUGUGAAUGUUAUCACUCAUUCCGUUGGUCAGCUGAUCGCCAUGCCUAUGGACCGCUGGAUCCUUGUACUUUGUACGUGUGCCACACCCUGGAGUAUAGCAGAGCUGUGCUACUGGAGAUCAAUAAACCGUUUUGAUAUGC